AUGGCAAGAGCACAGAAGCAGAAAGUCCAGGAGAGAGUUCCAUGGUCACAGGGUGAAGACAGGAGACUUGUUGAAUAUAUGCAGAGACAUGGUAAGACUGGACGCUGGAAAGAUGUCCCAACGGGUGCAGGCCUGGAUAGGAGUCCGAAGAGUUGUAGGCUAAGGUGGAACAGCAAACUGAAGCCUGGUAUCAACCAAAAGCCCUUCUCUGAAGAGGAAGAAGCCACCAUUAUCAAACUCCAAAAGCAGCAUGGCAAUAAGUGGGCAACUAUUGCAAAGCACCUGCUAGGGAGAACGGAUACUGGGAUUAAGAAUUUCUGGCAUAACAAUCUGAAGAAGAAGCUUUCAAAAGAGGAGACUCCGAGCCUUGUCACUCAGACACCAAGGCACCAGCUUCUUGACACUGCUGAUUUGUUGACUUGUCCUUUGAAUGAUCCCAAGGAUGAAGUCCGCAAGUUGCACUCAGAUGCCAGCUUUGCAUGGAAUCCUCGGCAUGGACAUCGCUCCCAUCUCAAUUAUCAGGCUACGGAGGACCCAACAGUUUACUAUCCAGACCAGUUUGGCCCUUUGAUUACCAGUUUUCUAAAUACGAUUCCUUUCCCACAACUUAACCAAAACUAUGCAGUCCGUGUUGGCUCUUUAUUUGGGAAUAUCCCCCCUGCCACUCAGACACCGAUACAACCGUUACUCGCAGUUGCUGAUGGGUUGACUUCUACUGCUGCUUACCUGAGGAGCUAUGCCCUGGGGUUGCACUCAGAUGCACAGCUACCCAAUCUUCCCUCGCUGUAUAACCCAGUAGUACAGCAGGGCUUCGGUGACAUUACACCCGAUCCUGAGGCUCGGCUCCAUAGAGUCGGUUCCAUUUCAACAGACCCUGCGGGGGCUCUCCCCGCUCAAGGACCCGGUUUCAAUUACCAGGCUAUGGACCCAACAAUUUACAACCAUCCAGACCAGUUUGGUCCUUUGAUUACCAGUAUUCCAAAUACGGGGGUUUUGAUUCCUGACCCAAAAGUUAACAACAACUAUGCAGCCGAUCUUGGCUCUUUGUUUGGGAAUGUUCCAAAUGCAGGUUCGACUCAUGCACUGAUGGUUUCAGAGUCAUCAGAGCGCUCUAUGACUAAUCAAGUGGAAAAUGAGAUGACCCCACCAACUGAAGAGAUCUUCCCUUUGGAAGCCUUGCUAGAAGAAUUUCCCUCUGCGGAGAAUGGUGAGACUAGUGACUCUUUUUGCGGAUACGUUGCACUCGUGUAG